CGUGUAAGCGUCUAGAGGGAGAGAGAGGCUGGUUCCCGGGGGAGAGCCUCCAGCAGCGUUCCAUUCUUCGCAAAUGCAGGUUCUCACCUAUUGGUUUUGUGUUUCUUUUGAGGGACUUCCCGCACUUUGCUUUUUAACAUUAUGAAGCAGUGGUGCUUGAGCAAGGCGUCUUUGUGUUCCUGCAGAGCCCUGUGACCUUUGAAGAUGUGGCUGUGUAUUUCACAAAGGACGAGUGGGCUUUGCUGGACCCAAACCAACGAUCUUUGUACAAAGAGGUCAUGAUAGAAAAUUACGGGAGCUUGGGUUUGCUGGGGUUUCCAGCCCCUAAACCUGGGCUUGUCUUGCGUCUGGAGCAAGGGGAAGACCCCUGCGUGCCAGAAUCUCAUGCCCUUGAUGGAAAGAAGAUCUUUGACACCAGCUCAGAUAACCCUCGGAAAAAACACUUAUGCACUGUGUGUGGGAAACGUUUUACUCAGAAACCAAAUCUAACCAGACACAUGCGAAUCCACACGGGAGAAAAGCCUUAUAAAUGCUUGGAGUGUGGCAAAUGUUUUGGUUGUCAUUCACAUCUUAUGAGCCACCAGAUUGUCCACACUGGAGAAAAACCUUACAAAUGUUUGGUGUGUGAUAAAUACUUUGGCCGUAAAGCCCAUCUUGCCAGACACCAAGGCAUCUACGCAGGGGAGACACCCUAUAAAUGUUUGGAAUGUGGGAAGCAUUUUGCAUGUCAGUCACAGCUUGUGAUCCACCGGAGAUACCACACAGGGGAGAAGCCCUAUAAAUGCUUGGAGUGUGAGAAAUGUUUUGCCGACCCUUCAGCCCUUGUGAGCCACAAGAGAAUCCAUGCGGUAGAGAGGUCUCAUAAGUGCCUGGACUGUGGGAAGAGUUUUGUUCAGCAGUCCCAUCUUUUAAAACAUCAACGAGUCCACACUGGAGAGAAACCGUACCAGUGCUCAGAGUGUGGGAAAUGUUUUGCUGAUCGUUCUGUCUUUGCGAAACACCAGAGAGUCCACACAGGAGAGCGACCUUAUAAAUGUGCAGAGUGUGGAAAAACAUUUGCACGCCAGGAACAUCUAGGGAGCCAUCGGAGAGUUCACACUGGAGAGAAACCAUACAAAUGCUUGGUGUGUGGGAAAUCUUUUGCCCGUCAGUCUCAUGUUGUGAGCCACCAGAGAGUCCACACAGGGGAGAAGCCUUGCAAGUGUUUGGAGUGUGGGAAAUGUUUUUCUGAACGCUCAACAUUUGUGAGGCACCAGAGAACCCACACGGGAGAGAAGCCCUAUCGAUGCUUGGACUGUGGGAAAUGUUUUGGCUCCCCAUCCCACCUCACAAGACACCACAGACGACAUACGGGUGAGAAACCCCACAGGUGCUUGGAAUGUGGGAAAGCUUUUGCUGAUCGCUCAGCAUUUGUGAAGCACCAACGAGUACACACAGGCGAGAAGCCCUAUAAGUGUGCCGAAUGUGGGAGAUGCUUCGCUAACAGGACACAUCUUGUUACUCACCAGCGCGUCCACACAGGAGAGAAACCCUAUGCCUGUUUAGAAUGUGGGAAAAAAUUCAGUGCAAAUAGAAGCCUAAUCCAUCAUCAGAGGCAACACAUAGGAUAUCCUCUGUCCCAAUGUGUGGAGAACAUUUUGUUGACCAAUCAAGCCUUGUGUGACUCUGGAGAAGCUGCUCAGGAAAACAAACUGUAUGAAUGGUUGGCAGCUGGGAAAUGGCUCACCGUUCAAGGGUCCCUGGCUCAGAACGAAGGAGUCCACACAGAAGGGAAAACCUUGGGCACAUCCUGAACACAGUGAAACAUUUGUUCAAGAAACCACUGCCCUAUUUUCCACAAUGCCAGGUUGUGGCAACUUCACAGUCCAGAGUUCAUCAGACUUAAUGACACUGAGACAGAAAUGAAAUUUUGGAGAAAAUUUUGAAAAUUGCUGCAACAUCAGGUGUCAUUACUUGGAAACUGAAUUUGAAAUUCAAAAUAUGAGUGCUUUAGAUGUUGUUAAGCAGUCUCUUGAUUGUUUGCUUUUUUAAAAUCAGUUGUUGAAUAUAAAACGUCAUAAGCUAGUGACUUUAAAAUAGUCAUACUGUACACCAUUGCUUGUCAGCUAUAAAAUAUUACUAGAAGAUGCUAUUGCAUGGCUAUUAUCAAAUAAUACCAUUACAUUUCAGCUAUCAAAUAGUAAAUAAUGUUGCGUGUCAGUGACAAAGUGCUAAUAUUCUGCAUGCAUGCCAGGUAAUUUACAUAUGCUUAAAAUCUACAUACCACUGCAUGGUAGCUCUCAGAUUUAGUCAAGUCAUAUUACCUUUGCAUGUUAGCUAGGAAAUAUAGUGAAAUGCUGAUAUUGUUGCCUGCCAGCUGUUAAUUAGUAAUGCUUGUGGAUGUAUAUCAAAUAUUUCCAGGUAACAACUGGGAAAUAUGAUUUGGUGUCAGAUACUGGCACUACAUAUUUAACAUUAGGCCUAAAAACUGACAGAUUAAUUUAUGAGGACUCGUCUUCAACACUAAAGGGUACUUUUUCAGAAUGUACAAAAUAGAGAUUUUCCUCAAGAUUUCCAUAGGAUGUAGAGAUCCGGUCUGCCAAUCAGGUAGAGAGUGCUUACAGGCUAAGGUUUUUGAACCUCUUGUCCAGUCAUAGGAAGCCUCCUUUUGCUAUGAAGUUCUGGCACAAUACUAGCAUAUUAGUAUCUACCCAGAUUCAGUGAUGUAUUUGAGACCUCAAGUCUCAAAACUCUCCCUUCAAGUCUUAAGUCCUUGAAAUAUACAGCACUUUCAAGUCUCGUGUAUGGGAUCCAACUAACAAAAAAGAGGUGGUGCGUGGUGCGUGGGUGUAUGUGAUGGUGGUGGGGAAGAUUCAGCAACUAAAAAAUCAAGAAAACAUUAAAUUAUCAUAGGCAGCUUUUCAAGAUUGCAUUUUAGAAAAAUGAGGUCUGCUCAGUAGCCUGUCCUUGCUAUAUGUUGGAGGAACCUUCUAAAGCUUUUCCUAGGAGCAGCAGGCAAGAUGUGCCCCUGUAGUGCGGGGCGUCAUGGUGCAUUUCUUGAAAGAGAACAACAAGUGUGUUGCUCUUCCCCUCCAAGGAACAUUGUGAAUGUGUUAUGUUACUGAACCAAAGCCAACAAGUAUACAAGUUGUGAGUCAAGUCAGUGUGUCAUUUAUUACCGAGUUGAGUCCAAGUUGUCUCAUUGAAGCGACUUGAAUCUGAGUCAAUUGAUUCUAGUCUACAUCACUGACUGUCAGGAUUCUCCAGGGUUUUCAGAGAGAGUUGCACUAGACUUAACAGGAAGUGAAUCUGGGACCUUCUGCAUGCAAAGCAUGUGCCUUACCCCUGCGAGUAGCCUGAUUCACAGCAAAAGUCUUUUCCGAUCAACUCCUGCCUUCUCUUUUGUUACUGGCGAUGUGUAUAGCUGAAUGCUGGACUGAUAAUGUGCCAAACAGUGGUGGAGUUGUUAGUUUGGGAGGGGUAAACUUUAGGAUAGCCUAAAGGCACCAGAUCCUGUCUGAUCUUGGAGGUUGAGCAGGAUCAGCCCUGGUUAGCACUUAGAUAGGAGACUGCCAACAACAACCAGGUGCUGUAGGCUAUAUUUCAGAGGAAGGAACCGACAAAGCCACCUCUGCACAUUCGUUGCCUAAGAAAACCCUAGGAAAUUCAUGGGGUUUAAUCUAAGUUGUCAGUUGACUUGAAGGCACAUAAUGUUUGGGAGGGGAGGGUACAGGCUCUGAUUUCCCCCUGGAUCUUUUGAAAUCACCAGCAUUAAAUCAGAUGCCUCAACAGCCUCUGUUUUCCACACUUUUCUUUCAUUUGUUUACUUCUGCUCAACAGGGCUGGUGCUAUCAUUAGGUAGAGUGAAGCAGCUGCUUCAUGCACAGGUACGGAGGAGCAGUUUGUGUCAAGGAAGCACUAGAGGAAAGAGCUCUUGCACAGCCUACUGUGCCCCAUCUAAGUUGGGCUGCUGCUCUUCAGGUGUAGUGGAGGACACUGUCCUGUCACCAGUGUUGAAGUAAGAUUAAAGCUGCCAGUUGGUUUGGUAUUGGGACAUAGUAGAAGGACCAUCUUGGUGUUUCCCUCAGGUACCAGCUAAAGUGUUGGACUAUGCUUGGAAAGACUUGGGUUUAAAUCCCCAUUCAGCUGUCAAAGUGAUCAACUUUGGGCCAGUCACAUAUACUCAGCCUGGUCCACCUCAUAGGGUUGUUUUGAGGAUAACUUGUUGGGGUAGGAAGCCCUAGUGGCGCAUUGGUUAAAUACUGGUACUGCAGCAACAAGGUUGUGAGUUCAAUCCUAGAGGAGGGCUUCAAGGUCUAUUCAGCCUUCCAUUCUUUUGCAGGUCAGUAAAAUGAGUACCCAGCUUGCUGGGGGCAAUUGGCUUACACAUUGUAAACCAUUUAGGCAGGGAUAAACGGUAUAGAAAUGUACUUGCUAUUGUUAUUGCUAUAGGAAAACCAUGUGUAUGGUCUUGAGAGCUGGAGGAAAAGUAAAAUUCAAAUAGAAAAGUGAUUUCCAAACUUUGGUUCUCCAGGUGUUUUGGACUUCAACUCCCAGAAGCCCCAGCAAGCUUGGCAAGUCUGGAAGCUGAAGUCCAAAAUACCUGGAGGAUUAAAGUUUGGGAACACUGAAAUAGAAUAAAAGGUCUCAAGACACAUACAUGUGUAUGUGUGUAUGAUGCACUCUGGUGGGAAAGGAGCUGAACUGGUUUGAGAGGGCCUGGUGAUGGAAAGGGCCAAGAAACAUGAGACGGGGAAAAAAAAAAGAACAUCAGCUCAUCCCAACCUGGGUAUGGUUAGACUGGGUGUGCUUAGAAUGUAUCACUCCUCAUCCCCAGACAACAUGCUGUCUGAGGGUAGUCUGAAUUGUACUUCAGUCUCACUUGGAGUGUCUGAGGUUGGGGAGGGCUGAAUGCCAUGCUCGGGAUAGGGAGGCUGAUGUUUUCUCAGUUGAGAGAGAUGAUUUCCAUGGGUGCCUUUUUGUCAAUGAUGGACCUGGUCCUAAAGGGCCAAUCAUGCUAGUAGGUGGCAUGAAGAGAUGCAAACUUCAAGCUUGGAAAGUAACUAUCUGACUUCUGUUUCAAGGGGUGACUAUGUACCAUUUGCUUGCUCACCUGUUUUUCCCUGUGGUUAAUAAAUGUAUUCCGUUCUUUA